UGUCUUUGUUAGAUUGUUCUAAUGUUCAUUAAUUGUAUAGUCUGUCCGUGUCGUUUGUAACGUUCCCUCGUGACUCAUUUACACUUAAUACCGUUUUUGUGUUUUAAUAUUUUUUAACUAACUGUUUUAUUCAGUACUAUUAUCAUGGGGUAUUUAUGCAUAGUAAAAAAUUGCAAUAAUUCUAGUAAUUUAACAAUGAUUAAUUGCAAACUAUUUAAGAUACCUAAAGACGAACGGAGUGAAGAUUGGUUGAUAAAUUGUAAACGUCACGAUUUAUUGGGAAGGUCACUAGAGUACUGUCGUGUGUGUUCAUACCAUUUCGUCGACAAAAUGUUCGCGGACCCUUAUAAAACAGUUCUAUUGCCUACUGCUGUUCCAACUGAUUUCUCAAUGAUCUUUAAUGGAGAAAUUUGUAUUACUUCAACAAAACAAAAGCUGUCAACUUCUAAUUAUCCAAGUACAUCGGUUUCUGCUGAUUGUUCAGUAUCCUCUUCUGCUCAAACCACUCAAAUUCUUCCAUCACACAUUCCAUGGAAGCGUAAUUGGUCAAAAACCGUUGAGAUACCUGAUCUUUUGGUCAAACGAUCCAAGGAUACUAAGAAUGACAUGAUUGGUAUUGAAGAACAAAAAAGAAUCUUGGCCACACGUUUGAAAAAUCCAUAUGAAGAUGAUGAUAUUGAUGUAUUUUUUAAAAGUAUUGCAAUGACGGUUAAAAAAAUGCCACCUCAAUCGAUCAAAGAAGCUAAACUUAAAACUCUUAUGUUGAUCACUGAAAUAGAUAAAAAAUAGGUAUUCAACUUCUUAAACACUACCUAAAGUUUAUCAAGUACCAUCAGACUAUAACAAUAUGUACCAAUAUCAACUAAAUUCAUCAGCUAACUCAUACAGUAGUACCUCAACAUUGUCGUAAGGGAUUUUGCCAUUCAAUUAUAGUGAUGGGUCUAAUUUUUACCCAUUGGAAUUUUUUUUUCUUCCAAAUUUAUGUGUAUAUAAAUUACUCUUUAUUUUAUGUUUAAAAAAAUUAC